AUGACUGCGGGUUACGUGCUGGGUCUGCUGCGCAAAUAUCUGGGCGAGUAUGUCCGCAACAUCCCAGACGAGGCGCUCAAGAUCAGCGUGUGGCAAGGCGACGUGGUGCUGAGGGAUCUGCAGCUGAAGGAGGAGGCGCUCAACCGCCUGCGCCUGCCCAUCGCAGUCAAGGCCGGCUUCAUCGGAUCAGUCAACCUCAAGGUGCCAUGGAGUCGCCUGGGAGUGGAGCCGGUGGUGCUGCUGCUGGACCGAGUCUUCAUCCUCGCCCACCCCUCCUCCGCCCCCGCCUCCUCCUCCCAUCAGUCAGCGGAGGAGGAGGAGGAGCAACGCCUGGAGGCAAAGAGGCGCAGAAUAGAGGAAGCGGAGGUGGCAAUGCUGGAAGCCAGGGAGCGACAGAAGGCAGGAGGCGACGAGCAGGCGGGCAGUGGGGCAUCAUGGAUAUCAUCACUGAUCGCCACCAUAGUGGGCAACAUCAAGAUCUCCUUCACCAACGUGCACAUCCGCUAUGAGGACCCCGGCAGCCUGUCAGGGCGUCCCUUCUGCACGGGGGUGACAUUGGCGCGGCUGGCAGCGGUGACCACGGAUGAGAACUGGGUGGAGACGUUCGUCACCAGCGGGGCGCUCGACAGCCUCUACAAGGCGGUGCAUCUGGAGCGCCUGGCGGUGUAUCACGACAGCAACAGCGGGCCGUGGGAUCCACACACCGCGUGGGAUGCCAUGCAGGGCGCACAGUGGAGCGAGGUGUUUGAGGCGGGCAUUCAUGAGGAGGCGCCACCCAGUGCAGGUGCCACUGACUGGGCGGCGAAUCGGCAGUUUCUGCUACACCCGGUGGACGGCAGGAUGCGGUACGAGCGGCGCAGCAAGAAGGAGAGGCGGCGCGACGACGUGCCCUUCCAGACUGCCGCUCUGCAGCUGGGGCAGGUGGCUCUCACUCUCUCACAGACGCAGUACGAGGACGGGAUGCGGUUCAUGGAGGCGGCAGCGCUGUACCGUCGCCGAGUGGACGUGGCUCACCUGCGCCCGCGCCUACCCGUGCGCUCCCACGCCGCCCUCUGGUGGCGCUUUGCUGCGCGCGCCCUGCUGCAGCAGCACCACGCCCUCAGGCCAACGAUGACAUGGAAGGGCAUCAAGGACAGCUGCAACAUGCGGCGCCGCUACGUGGCGGCGUACACCCAGGCGCUGCUGGACGCGUGGGCGUCGGGCGGCCCUGUGAAGCCGGGUGCGGCGGCGGACAGCGCUGAGAUGCGGUCCAUCGAGGCGCACGUCAGCGUGGAGGUCGCCCUGCUCUGGCGCAUGCUGGCGCACUCGCAGGCGGAGCGCAGCCGACCCAAGGCGCAGCGGCAGGCAGUGCAGCCCAAGGCCAAGGGGUGGUUCGCCUCCUGGCGAGGGGCGUCUGUGCCAGCGGAGUCAAGGGGGGACGAGGGGGCGGAGGAGGAGGGGGAGGCGGGGGGGCUGAGUGCGGAGGAGUGGGAGAAGAUAGAGGAGCUGGUGCGCGCGGGGGAGGAGGCGCAGUACGAGCCGGGGCAGGCGGCGGCGGGGGCGGUGCAGAUGGUGGUGCAGGUGGGCAUGGACUGCUUCCGCGCGCGCCUCGUGGACGGGGGGGCGGGCGUGGACGUGGUGUGUGGGUCGUGCCACCACCUGCACGUGGCGCUGCGCCUGUACCCUCUCAUGCUCAAGGCUGACGUCAGCCUGCGCCUUUACGACCUCGCCGUGCCCGAAGGCACCCUCAUUGAGAGUGUGAGCAGGGAGGGCAAGGAGGCGGCACUGACAGCAUCGUUCGUGCAGCACCCCAUCGAAGAGCACCUCGACUGGAUGCUCAUCGCUGCCCUCUCGCCCUGCCACGUCAUGCUGUGGCGGCGCAGCAUAGACCGAGUGCUGCACUUCCUGCGCGCUGGUCAGCAGGCCACACCUGCCGUCGCCCUCGAGACCGCCGCCGCCCUGCAGAGCAAGCUAGAGGACGUGGGGCGGCAGGCUCAGCAGCAGCUGCAGCAGGUGCUGCAGCGACGCACCAGGUUCUCCAUAGACCUGGACGUGGACGCCCCCAAGGUGGCCAUCCCCGCUGACCCCUCGCCCCACGGGGAGCCGCCCACGCAGCUGCUGCUCGACUUCGGCCACUUCACCCUCAAGACCGACCAGGACGACCCAUCGUUGGAGGGCAGUGAGGCCAUGGCGGCGGCAGCGCUGUACACGCGGUUCAAGAUCACGGCCACCGACAUCUCCAUGUCCGUCGCCGAUGGGGCCUUUGACUGGCGGCGAUACCAGCAGCAGCAGCACGGUGGCACGGAUGGGGAGGCGGGUGCAGGGGAGGGCGGAUCAGGGGGGCUGCGUCUGGACUUGCUGCAGAAGUGUGGCCUCUCUGCCGUGCUGCACCAGAUGAUGGUAGAGCACCCCAGCUACCCCACCACGCGCAUUGCCGUGUGGCUGCCGUGCCUCGCCUUCCACUACUCGCCCGCCCGCUACCGCCGCCUCAUGCGCGCCCUCCGUGCGCUCUCCCCCGCGCCGCCUCCUGCUGCUGAAGCCGACGCUGCAGAGGGCGGGGUGGCGGGCGAGGGUGAUGGGGCGGUGGCGGUGCGACCAUGGCAGCAGGCGGACCAGGCGGGCGAUGUGUGCCUGCUGCAGUGGACGCGCAUAGGCAGUGCAGCGGAGUGGGUGCCGUACUGGGCGGCACUGGUGGGGCCCACACUGUAUCUGCUGGACCACCCCGAGGCCACCAAGCCACACAAGCAAAUCAAUCUGAGCAGCGCCAUGGGGGUGCUGGACGUGCCUCCGCAGCACAUAGCGGGCUACCACCACGUCAUUGCCCUCGCUGCCCGGGGCGCUCAACCUGCCAAGGUGGUGCUGUCAGGGCAGGCGGUGGUGCUGCGGCUCAAGUCGGAGGCCCUCAAGGCGCAUUGGGCUGCACGCCUCACAACCGCACUCUACCAUGCCUCUGCGCCUGCCUCCAUGGACCUCCUCACCAACGAUGCCUUCUCCACCGAAGCACCUGAAGAAGCACCUGGUCAGAUGCCGCCCGCCUCACCUGAGCGACAUCUGGCCCCUAGAGAACCUUUGUCCCCGUCUGUGCGUGCGGCACCGGUGGUGGUGGAGGGGGAGGGUAUGGGGGCGGGAUCAGGGGGCGCGCAGGAGAAGCCGUUCCUCUACAUCAUGGGCGCGCUGGACGACCUGCGCCUCGCCAUCAGCUCCGUUCGGCGAGGGGCGGCGUCGUGGGACGAGGAGGAGAGGAUAAUCGAGAUCCGGGCCGCGGGGGGGAAGGUGGAGGUGCAGCAGCGUUCAGCGGACGUGGCGGUGGGGGUGGGUGUGCGCGAGGUGGAGGUGGAGGACUUCUUCCAGGGCGCUGGGGCCCUCGCCCCCACCUGCCGCCUCAUGGCACGCUCCCUGCUCGCCCCCCAUGCCGCUCCCACUGCUGCUGCUGCUGCUGCUCCGCGCAAAGGAGGGGGACACGCGGGCGGGGAGGAGCAGCAGAAGGGGCAGGAUGGGGGGGAGGGGGUGCCUGUCAGUGGCGGGAGCGGCGGUGGUGAGAGUGGUGGUGGAGGGAGUGGCAGGCACGCGGGUGCAGAUGUGGCGCCUGGGGCUGAGCAGGUGGCGCCAGACAUGAGCACACGGGAGACACUGGAGGGUGCUGCUGAGACAGGGGAUGAGGGAAUGAAAGAGGAGGGCACGGAAGGCAAGGAGAGCGAGGAGAGCAAGCAGGGCAAGGAGGAAGAUGAGGACGAGGAGGAUGAGGAUGAGGAUGGCUUUGCAGACGCAGAGGCGGAGUUCCUGCUGUCGCCCACGUCGUCAGGGGCGUCCACGCCACGCCACGGCGCAGCAACGCUUGAGGGCGAUGGAGGCGGGGGGUACAACGGUGCAGCAGAGUUCUUUGACGCGCGUGACUUCGCUCUGGAUGACGGCGACGCGGCCAAUGUGCCCAGCUUUGGCCGCGCGGGGCGGUUGCUGCCCGACAUGGGGUGGCAGCACGCAGAGGCGAGCAAGCGACGUGCGAGGCAGGGGGAGGGCGAGGAGGAGGAAGGGGGGGGAGGCGAGGAGGAGGAGGAGGAGGGGGAUUUUGUGGUGGUGCAGAUUGGCAUGUACCAGCCGUCAUCGCCCAGCUACACUGGUGUUGACACUCAGGGGCAAUCGCUGUAG